UGAGCAUAUGCUUCUCUGUACACUCGGUAGUUUCGACACUUGGAAUUUAAUUACAGCUGAGCGUGCAAGCGUACGACCUGUCUCCUUUCCAGAAAUAUUGCCAAAAGGAACUGAAUCUAAUCGAGAAGACACGUUGAAUAACCUCAUCAAAGCUUACCGGCACUCGCAAGCACGAGCGCGCGCACGUGCUCUCCGAGCCUCUCUCCCUCUCUCCUUUCCCUCGCGACCACCGUGUCAGCUGUGUCGCCUGGACUUCCGCGUCUCACCUGACGGUAAGUCCCGCGGGUCUGUCGCUACCCUUUUCCGCCCCCUCGUCGAAAUCUCGGUCAGAGGAAUGUAUUUACAUAGAGGAAACUAUUACAUCGUGGAGGGAACUGCGCGUUCCGCCUCGCGUACGAUGUCACGUCGUGGCUCACCUGCGCGUCUGACGCAACCGAGGCCAUAUGGCGAGUCACGCCGCGGAGCACCAUUACAGAAGCCCGAGGAUACCACGAUGGAGAGCAGCAUGAACGCGAAGCAGAUACGCCAAGCCUACAUAGACUUCUUCAAGAGCAAGGGUCACGAAUACGUGCACUCGAGCUCGACGAUACCCCACGAUGACCCGACCUUGCUCUUCACGAACGCCGGGAUGAAUCAGUUCAAGCCGAUUUUCCUGGGGACGGCCGACCCGAACAGCGAUAUGGCGAGAUGGGUGCGCGUUGUAAACAGCCAGAAGUGCAUCCGGGCCGGCGGCAAGCACAACGAUCUGGACGACGUUGGCAAAGAUGUCUAUCAUCACACGUUCUUCGAGAUGAUGGGCAACUGGUCCUUCGGCGACUACUUCAAGAAAGAGAUAUGCACCUGGGCCUGGGAAUUUUUGACGGAUGUACUGAAGCUACCAGCUGACAGGCUGUACGUGACAUACUUUGGCGGGGAUGAGAAGUGUGGAUUGGCGCCGGACGACGAGUGCAAGAAUCUGUGGCUUUCUCUCGGAGUACCCGCCUCGCACGUUCUGCCGGGCAACAUGAAGGACAACUUUUGGGAAAUGGGCGAGACCGGUCCGUGCGGGCCGUGCAGUGAAUUGCAUUACGAUCGUAUUGGUGGCAGAGAGGCAGCUCACCUCGUAAACAUGGACGAUCCCGAUGUGCUGGAAAUCUGGAAUCUGGUGUUCAUUCAGUACAACAGGGAGUCAGACGGCAGUCUUAAAUCAUUACCGAAAAAGCAUAUAGACUGCGGCUUGGGUUUAGAACGACUGGUGUCGGUGAUUCAAAAUAAACGCGCUAAUUAUGACACCGAUCUGUUCGUGCCUUUGUUCGCCGCGAUCGAGAAAGGUACAGGCGCCCCGCCCUAUCAAGGUAAAAUAGGGGCUGACGAUGUCAACGGAAUCGACAUGGCGUAUAGAGUUCUGGCUGAUCACGCUCGAACUAUCACAAUUGCCCUGGCGGAUGGAGGAAUGCCUGACAACACUGGCAGAGGAUACGUGCUAAGAAGAAUUUUACGGCGCGCCGUGCGCUACGCAACUGAGAAAUUAAACGCUAAGCAAGGCUUCUUCGGAUCUCUCGUGAACGUAGUGGUGGAUCUUCUCGGUGAAGUUUUUCCGGAGGUAAAGAAAGAUCCACAAAGUAUCAUCGAGGUCAUCAACGAGGAAGAGGCUCAAUUUUUGAAAACUCUAUCGCGGGGUCGUAACUUGCUAAACAGAACGGUAGCAAAGCUGGAAUCGACCGAUACUGUGCCAGGCGAUGUCGCAUGGCGCUUGUACGACACUUACGGCUUCCCGAUCGAUCUCACUCAGCUAAUGACUGAGGAGAAAGGAUUGAAAAUUGAUAUGGCAGGCUACGAAGAAUCUAAGAAGCAAGCACAGUUAAUUUCUCAAAACAAAGCCGGCGGUGUAGACGACCAAAUUAAUUUGGAUGUCCAUGCCAUUACCGAACUGCAAAAGCAAGGUGUUAAACCUACAGACGACUCGCCCAAAUAUAAUUACAAAGUAACAAACUCCGUUAAAUAUGAAGAAUAUGAAUUUGCACCGUGUAUUGGUACUGUAAUCGCACUGAGACGCGCCAAGACAUUCGUCGACAAAGUAUCUUCCGGCGAAGAAGUUGGAAUCUUAUUGGACAAGACAAACUUUUACGCGGAGCAAGGGGGACAGAUAUACGAUGAAGGAUUUUUAGUGAAAGUCGACGAUGAGGCUACAGAGAUUCGCGUGAAGAACGUUCAAGUCAGAGCCGGUUACGUGCUACACAUUGGUACCGUGGGCGAGGGCACGUUAAGAAAGGGAGAUAAAGUCCACGCGAAUGUGGAUACAGAACGUAGACGGCUUGUGAUGGCUAAUCACAGUGCCACGCACGCCCUGAAUCAUGCGCUCCGAAAGGUCUUGGGGACGGAGGCCGAUCAAAAAGGAUCGUUAGUCGCACCUGACAGGCUCCGCUUUGACUUUACAAACAAAGGUCCAAUGACGGGAGGGCAAUUGAAAGACACAGAAUUGUUCACCAACGACAUGAUCCAGGCAAACAAGAAAAUUUACGCUAAAGAAAGCAACUUGGCCAUAGCGAAAACGAUUCAGGGUUUGCGCGCAAUGUUCGAAGAGACGUAUCCUGAUCCGGUACGUAUCGUCAGUAUGGGCGUGCCAAUUGAGAAUCUAGAAAAGAAUCCCUUAAGCACGGCUGCUCUUGAAACCAGCGUGGAAUUUUGCGGCGGGACGCACUUACAUUACACUAGCCACAUAGGCGAUUUUGUAAUAGCCAGUGAGGACGCUAUCGCUAAAGGUAUCAGACGCAUAGUAGCGCUUACUGGACCGGAAGCGACGAAAGCUUUAAGAACGAUGAGGAUCUUAGAAAAUCAAAUACAUCAGAUUCAAGUAACGAUCGAAGCUGACAAGUCUGGAACGAACUCUAAGGAAUAUGUGAAAAAGAUAGUGGAACUAACGGAUGAGAUAUCCCAUGCCCUCGUUCCUGUGUGGUGGAAGGAUAACGUGCGCAACACAUUGAGAGAGUUAAAGAAGUCUCUCGACGACAAAGAACGAGCAACCAAGGCAGCUGUCAUCAGCACGGUUGUAAAAACUGCUCAGACUAUAAUAGAGUCCAAGGUUGGAUGUCAAGUGUUAGUUGAGGUGCUGGAGGCCUACAAUAAUACGAAAGCUCUAGAUCUGGCGUUGAAGAAAAUCAGAGCUAUAUCGCCAGAAACCAGUGCCUUGCUUAUAAGCGUCGAUCGCGACGUCAAGAAGAUAUUCGCUCUAGCUUCUGUUUCCAAAUCCGCGAUAUCCAAGGGGCUGAAGGCAAAUGAAUGGAUCCAGGCAAUUGCGUCUUUGAUGCAAGGCAAAGGAGGUGGAAAGCCCGAAUCUGCGCAAGCUUCGGGUACAAAUGUAGCAGGCUUGAACGAAACAGUCAGCAAAGCCAAUGAGUUUGCUAAUCAAAAGCUGGGGAUUAUAGACAAUAAUACUGCUAAUACUACACGUAAGACCUCCGAAACUAUUCAAUCACAUAAUACGGGAUCUUCUUCAAAAUUGGUACUUUAUGGGAACAAUGGAAGCACUAAGUGCUACUUAGCACAAAUAAUCGCGCAGUACAGCGGCAAAUGUCUGACUGUUAAGCAAGUUGGAGACGAACAUAAAAUAUGUUCUAGCGACAUAAUGUUAGAAACGGCAGAUGUUACGUUACACAAUAUCAAUGCCAUUGCGUUCUUUUUGUCAAAUUCGCAGCUCCGGCGUGAGGAUGAUUUGUUCGCGUCCAGCCAAGUUUUGCAAUGGAUGAGCUAUGUGCAAAACCACAUUUUACCAGCGGUUAGCGGCUGGGUACUUCCGUCACUUGGCGUUUCUGUAUCGAAAGAUAUGAAAGCGAAUGCAAAAAUUUCCAAGGAGGAUCUUCUUUGCACCAUGAAAAGGAUGGACGAGAUACUACGUACGAGGACGUACUUGAUAGGAGAAAGGAUCACCCUGGCGGAUGUAUCAGUUUUUACCGCGUUACUACCUUUGUACGAACAUGUGCUCGAUCCGCAUUACAGAAAGCAAUGUACGAAUUUAAACAGAUGGUUCUCGACAAUCCUGAAUCAGCCGCAGGUAAAAUGUGUAGUAAAGAAUUUUACGUUUUGCGCCGAAGCUACGCGCUGUUGACGCGGAUAAGGACUCCCGUUUUGUACACGUUUUUAUCGGAUUUAUUAUACGAAAGUUACAUGGAAA